GCAGAGAUUGAACGUAUCUUGAAUAAGACCUUUCGUCUCACAGCUUUUCGUCCAGGCCAGAUGGAGGUCAUCGAAGCGACUCUGUGCGGCAGGGAUGUUUUUUCUGUCAUGCCGACCGGAGGAGGUAAAAGCCUCACGUUUCAACUCCCCGCAAUCCACGACAAUACAACCAGAGGUGGCAUGACUCUAGUCAUUUCACCCCUUAUUUCUCUCGUGGUUGAUCAGGUCAUGUAUUUGAGAGGCAUCGACGUCGACGUUGAAUUCUUCGCAUCGAAUGUUUCCGAGGAGUAUUGCGACAAAAUAUGGAGCCGACUCGUCGAGCAUGGGCCGAAGCCGGCCCUUCUUUAUAUCACACCCGAAAAACUCGCCUGCGACAGACGCAUGAUGGGCGCUCUCAAGCAUCUGCAUUCUGAGCAGAAACUGGCAAGGAUGGUCAUCGACGAGGCACACCUGAUCUGUACCUGGGGAAAGGACUUUAGAGAAGAUUAUGCAAAAUUGGGGAUCCUUCACGAACAAUUCCCCAACGUUCCUCUAAUGGCUCUGACAGCGACCGUCACCGCCAAAGACCGUAGCGAAAUCGUGCGCUCCCUUGGUCUCCGUACCGAUCAUCUAUUCCUCUCGCAAUCACUCCAUCGUGCGAAUCUUCGAUACAUCGUGCAUACCAAGAAAUCGACGGUAGCCGAGACGGUAAUACAAGACAUUGCCACCUUCAUCAGAACAGAGCACGAAGGUGAUGCCGGCAUCGUCUACUGCAACAGGAAGGAGCGGUGCGAGCAAGUCGCGCGAAAGCUUCGAGAACUGGGUCUCAAGGCUAGAUACCUUCACUCAGAUAUGGAGCUCUCCGAAAAGCAGGACGUACUCGUAGGUUGGCACGCGGGGGAUUGGAAUAUAAUCGUAGGGACGGUCGCAUUCGGGUUAGGGAUCAACAAGCUCAAUGUGCGUUUCGUGAUUCACCACGACAUUCCGUCGUCGCUCCUAAGUUAUGUGCACGAAACUGGACGUGCCGGGCGAGAUGGGAAGCGAGCGGAUUGUGUUCUGUACUAUUCUUCCGAAGACUGCAAGCGUCGGAUUGCGGUAAUCCAGCGUGAGGCAGUGCCCGAAAUGGAACGGCUGAUAGAACUUGUCCAGGAGGUCGAGCGAUUCUGCCGCAACAACGUGGAUUGCCGCCGAUUCCAGCUGCUGGGCCGUUUUGAGGAAGUGUUCAACCCGGAGGACUGCGCUGCAUCUUGCGACAAUUGU